UCGCUGCUGUCUCUGUUGACGUGGUGACUGUGAAAGAGUUUGCGUGGAAAUCUCCAGAUAUAUUAAUGAGUUAAAGUUAGUAAAGCAGUGCAGUUAAAAGCGAGCAGUCAUGCUGGACUUUGCCAUCUUUGCUGUCACGUUUGUCAUCAUUUUAGUCGGCGCCGUUCUCUACUUGUACCCGUCAUCCAGAAGGGCCUCUGGCAUCCCAGGUCUCAACCCUACAGAUGAGAAGGAUGGGAACCUGCAGGACAUUGUGAACAGAGGCAGUCUGCACGAGUUCCUCGUCAGUCUGCAUCAGGAGUUUGGGUCUGUGGCUUCGUUCUGGUUCGGCGGUCGGCCGGUGGUCAGCCUGGGCUCUGUGGACCAGCUACAGCAACACAUCAACCCCAACCGCACCACUGACUCCUUUGAGACGAUGCUGAAGUCAUUGCUAGGUUACCAGUCUGGGAUGGGAGGCGGGGCCAAUGAGACCAUGAUACGGAAGAAAGUGUAUGAGAGUGCCAUCAACAACACGCUGAAGAACAACUUCCCUCUUGUGCUCAAGGUGGUGGAAGAGCUGGUUGGAAAAUGGAAGUCAUUCCCGGAUGCUCAGCACACCCCUCUGUGUGCCCACCUGUUGGGUCUGGCUAUGAAGACCGUCACCCAGCUGGCUCUGGGUGAGCGCUUCAAAGACGACACGGAGGUCAUUUCCUUCCGCAAGAACCACGAUGCGAUCUGGUCAGAAAUUGGGAAAGGCUACUUGGACGGCUCGCUGGAGAAGAGCUCCAGCAGAAAGGGACAUUAUGAGAAGGCUCUGUCGGAGAUGGAGUCUGUGCUGCUGUCGGUGGCGAAGGAGAGAAAAGCUCAGAGGAAGCAGACAGUGUUUGUCGACACUUUGUUUCAGUCCAGCCUCACAGAGCGACAGAUUAUGGAGGACUGCAUGGUUUUCACUUUGGCCGGAUGCGUCAUCACUGCCAACUUGUGUAUCUGGGCACUCCACUUCCUGUCCACCUCAGAGGAAGUCCAGGACAAGUUGUACCAGGAGCUGGAGGACAUUUUGGGUUCAGAUCCAGUUUCCCUGGACAAGAUCCCCAAGCUCAAAUACUGCCAGCAGGUCCUCAAUGAGACGGUGAGGACUGCCAAGCUGACCCCUGUCGCGGCUCGGCUUCAGGAAGUGGAGGGCAAAGUCGAUCAACACGUCAUCCCCAAAGAGACCUUGGUGAUCUACGCUUUGGGAGUGGUCCUGCAAGACUCUGACACCUGGAGCACCCCGUACAGGUUUGACCCAGAUCGAUUUGAGGAGGAAUCAGCCAGGAAGAGUUUCUGUCUCCUCGGCUUCUCGGGGAAUCAAACGUGCCCAGAGCUCAGGUUCGCCUACACUGUAGCUACUGUCCUGCUCAGCACGUUGGUGCGGCAGCUGAAGCUCCACAAGUUAAAAGGACAAGUCAUGGAGGUCAGAUCUGAGCUGGUGUCCACGCCUAAGGAUGAGACCUGGAUCACUGUCAGCAGAAGAAGCUAGGACGAGUCUUUAAAAACCACUGAAGAGUCUGACCGAUAGACAUCUGUCGAAUGUUGAGAAUCCAGUCUGUUAGAGAAACAUCAUUUUUUGGAUUUUUGUAAAGUACAGUCAAUUUGUUUGUUACACCAGCACUAUAUCCCUCACAUUGUCUUCCUGGUGCUAUUUCAGCUGAAGCCUACAGCACAUUAUUACCUUGUGUGUCCACAGGUUUCUAUUUGCACUUGUUGAAAGACUCCAUCUAUUAAGGCAAACUCAGAACCUUAAUUCUCUACGACGUAGAGAAAAACAACUUGUGCCACCAGAAGUUUUUGUAUAAUUCCUACAACGGCUGCCUUGAGUCAGUAUUUCUAAAGACAUGGGGCUGCUUUGUCUUUUAAAACAGGCCACAUGGCGUUUGGACAUUUCAUUCCUUUUUGUAAAGACGUCUUGCAUAUAA